AUGGUCGGUCUGGCAGCUUACUACACUCCUCUACCCGUCGACGUAGCCCUCAGCGAGCACUCACGCAAGUUCUACGAUGGAACGUACAAAUGGGAUUCAGAAGGCUUCACCGAUGACGCCGGAGUCUAUCGCGAAUUCGACUGCUACGACCCUAAUGCUCGUGCUCCCACACCCUUGCCACCGCUGUGCUUGAGCGACGACGAUGAAGAGGCCGGUACUGUGGAAGAGAAGAUCCAAGAUGGAGAACACGAAACCGAGAGAAUGGAAGAGGACUCCGAAAUCUUCACGUUCGCAUCAAAUGUCAAGAGCGCAGGUGGCGUUAUCACUCUACGACGUGAUGAGCUAUUUCGUGAUCAUGCUGAUAGAGAGUAUCUCAUUGGAAAAAUGGAGAGUGCGUUGAUCGAAAGCAGAUCAAAGAAGGUACACUUGACUCUGGAAGAGUGCUGCCGCGCGUGCGGUAUACCCGAACACCUCAAUCCCGUUGAAAAGUCGCCAACAAAACUGAAGAUCAAAUUCGUCACGCCUUUGAAACCAACCAAACCGGACCCACGCAUGUUCUUCUCACCUUCGGAGUUGUCGGACUGUCCUUCGGACAUAUCAGAGUGGGAUGUCGGCAAACCCGUGUUAAAGGCGAGAACUUUUGCGAACCUAGUUAUCGACGAAAAGCUCGAACAAGGCACCGAUGAGGAAUCACCACAGAAGCCUACAACCCGCGGCGUCGCACAGAAAGUCAAGAGACAGAAGUCGGCGGCCAGGCCAAUCAAGGCGUCGCCUACGAUUGAGUCAUUACAAACUGGCAGUUAUAUAAGAGGUACUGGGGAGGCAUCAAGGCGUCGGUCUACGAGACUUAGUAGCUCUCAAGGUGGCAAGUAG